UCCAAGAAAGCGAGGUCAAGUUUCUCUAUCUCUUUCUCUCUCUUCCCCAAUCUUCUCCUUUAUUUAUUCUCUCCAUUUCUCUAAAAGCAAGCUCUUCAAAACCCUAGAAAUUCUCGAAACCCGAGUCGUGAUUUCGGCUCCAAUCAGUUUCGUCUGGCUUGUUUAGAUCCCCAGAGCUCUCACCGAGCUCGGAUUCAGACGUAAUCGUGUGUUUUGUGUGUAUCUUCUUGUUUGACGUCAGAUUUGAGAUUCCAAGCUUGUAAUAAAUGUCGUCGUUGAGCCGAGAGCUGGUGUUUCUCAUACUGCAAUUUCUCGAGGAAGAGAAAUUCAAGGAGUCUGUGCACAGGCUCGAGAAAGAGUCAGGAUUCUUCUUCAAUACCAAGUAUUUCGAUGAGAAAGUUCUUGCUGGAGAAUGGGAUGAAGUUGAGAAGUACUUGUCUGGGUUUACCAAGGUUGAUGAUAACAGAUACUCAAUGAAGAUAUUCUUUGAAAUUAGAAAGCAGAAGUAUCUCGAGGCUCUUGAUCGGCAAGAUAAGGCCAAAGCCGUUGAGAUAUUGGUGCAGGACCUGAGAGUCUUCUCCACUUUCAACGAGGAACUCUACAAAGAAAUUACUCAACUUUUAACUUUGCACAACUUCAGGGAAAAUGAGCAGCUUUCCAAAUACGGAGACACUAAAACUGCUCGGGGCAUAAUGUUAGUAGAAUUAAAGAAGCUAAUCGAAGCAAAUCCUCUUUUCCGUGAUAAAUUGAUGUUCCCUACUUUGAGAUCUUCGAGACUGCGGACUCUGAUUAAUCAAAGCCUUAAUUGGCAGCACCAGUUGUGCAAGAAUCCGAGGCCAAACCCAGAUAUUAAAACUCUAUUCACAGACCAUACGUGCGCAGUUUCUAAUGGUCCUCUGGCACCUUCACCAGUCAAUCAGCCUGUUGCAACUUUGACAAAGCCGACAGCUUUUCCGUCUCUUGGAGCUCAUGGUCCCUUUCCUCCUGGUGCUGCUGUUGCUGCUGCUAAUGCUGGUGCUUUAGCUAGUUGGAUGGCUACUGCAUCUGGUGCUUCUGCUGUCCAAGCUGCCGUUGCCACACCUGCGUCUAUGCCUCUACCUCAGAAUCAAGUGUCAGUCUUGAAGCGACCAAGAACACCACCAGCAACGCCAGGUAUAGUAGAUUAUCAGAAUCCUGAUCAUGAACUAAUGAAGCGUCUCCGCCCUGCCCCAUCUGUAGAGGAGGCGACAUAUCCCGCUCCUAGGCAGCUAGCUCCAUGGUCGUUGGAUGACUUACCAUUAAAGGCGGCUCUAGCGUUGCAUCAAGGGUCCACUGUGACAAGCAUGGAGUUCCACCCUAUGCAAAAUACGUCACUUCUUGUCGGGUCUGCGACCGGAGAAAUCACAUUGUGGGAACUCGCUGUCCGAGAAAAGCUGGUUUCAAGGCCAUUCAAAAUAUGGGAUAUGGCUAAUUGCUCACUUCAGUUUCAGGCUUUAGUUGCUAAAGAAACACCAAUAUCUGUCACCCGCGUGGCAUGGAGUCCAGAUGGAAAUUUCAUUGGUAAGUUUCUCAGCAUGAAUUGUGGAAUUUUAAUUGGUCUCUGGUCUCUGGUCUCAGUCUCAGUCGCUUCUUGUGCAGGGGUUGCAUAUACGAAACAUCUUAUUCACUUGUAUGCUUUCUCUGGACCUAAUGAUAUUCGCCAGCAUAUUGAGAUUGAUGCCCAUGUGGGUGCUGUGAACGACUUGGCUUUCGCCAACCCAAACAGACAACUGUGUGUAGUUACUUGCGGAGAUGAUAAGCUAAUCAAGGUAUGGGAUGUUUCAGGUAGGAAGCAUUUUACCUUUGAAGGUCACGAUGCUCCUGUAUAUUCCAUUUGCCCUCAUCACAAAGAGAACAUUCAGUUCAUAUUUUCAACGGCCAUAGAUGGGAAAAUAAAGGCCUGGCUUUAUGAUAAUAUGGGUUCCAGAGUUGACUAUGAUGCUCCCGGUAAAUGGUGUACAACGAUGCUUUACAGUGCUGAUGGGACUAGAUUGUUCUCUUGUGGAACGAGUAAAGAGGGAGAGUCUUUCCUUGUUGAGUGGAACGAAAGUGAAGGAUCAAUUAAAAGGACCUAUCUUGGGUUUCAGAAAAAGUUGGCAGGUGUGGUCCAGUUCGAUACCUCAAAGAACCACUUUCUGGCUGUUGGUGAAGAUGGGCAGAUCAAGUUCUGGGAUAUGGAUAACAUCAAUGUUUUGACUAGCAUUGAUGCUGAGGGUGGACUUCCGGCUCUUCCUCGUUUGAGAUAUAACAGGGAAGGCAAUCUUCUAGCCGUUACUACGGCAGAUAACGGAUUUAAGAUCCUAGCAAAUCCUGCUGGUUUCCGAUCUCUGAGAGCCAUGGAAACUUCAGCAUUUGAAACGAUGAGGACUCCAGUCGAUUCUUCUGUUAUCAAAGCUGUUCCUGGAGCUCCUGUUGCAUCUGUCAGCUGUAAAGUUGAACGAGGCUCUCCUGUUAGACUCUCACCAAUGCUGAAUGGAGUUGAUCCCUCAAAGCCAAGAAUCGAUGAGUCAACAGACAAACCAAAAUCUUGGCAAUUAGCUGAAAUCUUGGACCCUACCCAGUGUCGCCAAGCAACUUUACCCGAUACAGCUGGUUCUUCCAUAAAGGUCGUUCGGCUUCUGUAUACAAAUUCCGGCUCUGGAAUCUUAGCACUAGGUUUUAAUGGUAUUCAGAGAUUCUGGAAAUGGGUUCGCAGUGAGCAGAACCCUAGUGGAAAGGCAACCGCUAGUGUUGUUCCUCAGCAUUGGCAACCAAACAGUGGUCUUCUCAUGACCAACGAUGUUUCUGGUGUAAACCUUGAAGAGGCGGCCCCAUGCAUAGCUCUCUCUAAGAACGACUCAUAUGUCAUGUCGGCUGCUGGAGGAAAAGUCUCGUUGUUCAACAUGAUGACUUUUAAGGUGAUGACAACAUUCAUGCCGCCUCCACCGGCAUCAACAUUUUUGGCGUUCCAUCCUCAAGACAACAAUAUCAUUGCCAUUGGAAUGGAGGACUCCACGAUUCACAUCUACAAUGUCCGAGUGGAUGAGGUCAAAUCAAAGCUAAAGGGUCACCAGAAACGCAUCACUGGCUUAGCAUUUUCUACAACCCUCAAUAUCUUGGUAUCAUCUGGUGCUGAUGCACAGAUAUGCUUUUGGAGCAUUGACACAUGGGAGAAGAGAAAAUCCGUUUCAAUACAAACGCCAGCAGGAAAAGCCUCCAAUGGAGACACACGUGUUCAGUUUCAUGUGGAUCAGAUCCGUAUCCUCGCAGUCCACGAGACACAAUUGGUGAUAUUUGAUGCUUCCAAGAUGGAAUGUAUCCAACAGUGGAUUCCACAAGACUCGUUGUCUGCUCCUAUAUCUUCAGCAGUGUAUGCGUGCAACAGCCAGUUGAUCUACACCACUUUCCGCGAUGGGAACAUUGGAGUGUUCGACGCAGACACUCUCAGAUUAAGAUGUCGUAUCUCUCCAUCCGCCUACUUGCCUCAAGGGAACCAAAGCUUGUCCCCUCUAGUUGUGGCAGCUCACCCGCAAGAGCCAAACCAGUUUGCGGUCGGCUUGAAUGAUGGGUCAGUUAAGGUAAUAGAACCGACCGAGGCUGAAGGCAAGUGGGGGAUUGUUCCACCCUCUGAAGCCAUCAACACCUCACCAUCCACCACAAGCAACCAAACUCCAGAACAGUUACAAAGAUGAACAAACCAAAAUGGCUUCCUCAUAGAUGUCCAUGUAAUUAAUCUCAAUUCUCUCCAUCAUUAUUCCUCCAGGUUGGUUAGUUAGUGUUGUUGAUUAUUAUUAUCAAGGUUUAGGCAGUAUUAUUAGAUCUUCAAAUGUAGCCCUUAGUUUCAAGAUUCUUAUGAUAUUGAAUUUGGUAACAAUGGUAAGAAAUAAAGUUUGUA